AUGGAUGCCCCUAACAGCACGCCAGACCAGGAAAAAGAAGGAGAACAACAGCCCAGUGCAUUGCCAAUCGUUUCUGAAAAAGACAAUUCGCAGGAGGCUUCUGAUCAUUCCUCUACCUCGCAACAGGAAGCAGAAACAAGACAUACCCUGGCGACUGAGCCCUUUCAACCUAUUUUGAAGGUGCUAGCAGACCUCGAACGCGACGAUCCCAAGUUCGCCUUUCCAGCA